AAGCAGCUGCGCUUUGUCUCCCGCAGUGAGUGAGUCACCAGCCCCUGCAGCCCCCGAGGCGGGCAGCUGCCCUCUCCCGCUUAAGCUGCAGCACUAACCACGCCGGCGGCAGCAACAGCAACAGGGAGCUGGCACCCAGCCUGAGCUGCUGCCGCCACUACAGCUCCUUCCUCCUCCUCCUCCUCUCCCCUUCCUCCCUCCCCAUCCACGUCCCCUCCCCUUCCCCACCCCCCACCGCGAACUUAGUCAGCGGUUCGCGCCGCCCGAAGCCCAUUGGCCGCUGGAACGCGACGCGUCACAAUGGAGCCGGCUGGAGGCGGUGAGCCGGGCUGCGCUGGGGCUUCCCACUAAGCCACGGGGAACCGGGAAAGUGCCGGGCGCAGGGCUCGUCGCCUGCCUGCCCGCCCGUUCUCCAGGCUGCCUGCCUGCCUAUCUGUCUGCUCGCCGGCCCCGGAGCCGGGGCAGAGCUGCUGCUGCUGCUGGGGGCCGGAGCCCUCCGAGGCUCGCAGGAAUUCUUCAGCAGAAACUGUAAUUACUGAGGUUCUUGUUGACCAGCAUUCAGAGGAAUGAAGACAAAGGCAGAGAUGGUGUGCCUACGAAACUUCAAAAGGUGUAGACCUCCGGACUGAAGAGUAGCUCCCUUGCUUUUCUUCUUUUCACCAGUGUAUUGCUGUCAUCUUCCACGUGAACGCCAUGCUCUCACUAUCAGAGCUCAAAUACAUUGCAGAUGCCCAGUCCUCCUACCAUAUUUUGAAACCAUGGUGGGAUGUCUUCUGGUACUAUCUCACCCUGAUUAUGUUGCUGGUCGCCGUGUUGUCUGGAGCUCUCCAGCUCGCUGAUACCAAACUCUUGUGCUGUCUUCCUUGUAAAGUAGAACUCAACAAUCGUUGUGUAGUGCCUUGGGACAUGCUUAAACUCAACAGCACCCCCUCGAAUCCCCUGUUGCCGGUGACACCGCCGAUCCGAAUCCAGAAUGACCUUCACAAGCAGCAAUACUCCUAUAUAGAUGCGGUGUGUUAUGAGAAGCAGCUCCACUGGUUCGCCAAGUUUUUCCCAUACCUGGUGCUCUUGCACACCCUCAUUUUUGCUGCGUGCAGUAACUUCUGGCUUCACUAUCCCAGUACCAGCUCCAGACUUGAGCAUUUCGUCUCCAUCCUUAAUAAGUGCUUUGAUUCUCCCUGGACCACUCGCGCCCUUUCGGAAACUGUAGCUGAACAAUCUGUAAGGGUCCCCCUCAGCAAAUCCAAAGCUUUGUUUUCACCAUCUGGAUUAUCUACAAACAUCAGUGCUAGCAAGCAGUCUUUGCUCUUUGCCCAAUCGGGCUUAGACUCGGGUAUUGAAAGCCCAACUUCCAGUGUCCUGGACAAAAAAGAAGGCGAGCAAGCUAAAGCCAUCUUUGAAAAAGUAAAAAGAUUCAGAUUGCAUGUAGAGCAGAAGGACAUCAUCUAUAGAGUAUACAUGAGGCAGAUCAUAAUCAAAGUCAUUUUAUUUGUCAUCAUCAUCGCUUAUGUCCCAUAUUUUUUGACCUAUAUCACCCUAGAAAUUGACUGCCCCAUUGACAUGCAAGCCUUUACGGGAUAUAAACGCUACCACUGUGUCUAUUCCUUAGCUGAAAUUUUCCAGGUCCUUGCUUCAUUUUAUGUGAUCAUGGUUCUAUUCUAUGGUCUCACCUCUUCAUAUAGCUUGUGGUGGAUGCUGAGGAGUUCCCUUAAGGAAUACUCCUUUGAGGCAUUAAGAGAAAAAAGUAACUACAGUGACAUCCCAGAUGUCAAGAACGACUUUGCGUUCAUCCUUCACUUAGCAGACCAGUACGAUCCACUUUACUCCAAGCGCUUCUCCAUAUUUCUCUCAGAGGUGAGUGAGAACAAGCUGAAACAGAUCAACCUCAACAAUGAAUGGACGAUGGAGAAGCUCAAAAAUAAGCUAGUGAGAAAUUCCCAAGACAAGGUGGAACUCCAUCUCUUUAUGUUGAGUGGGCUCCCCGAUAACAUCUUUGAGCUGACUGACAUAGAGGUGCUCAGCCUGGAGCUGAUCCCUGAGGUCAAGCUACCAAACUCCAUUUCUCAACUGGUCAACCUCAAGGAGCUGAAUAUUUACCAUUCCUCCCUGGUGGUUGACCGCCCUGCACUGAACUUCCUGGAAGAGAAUUUGAAAAUACUACGCCUGAAAUUUACGGAAAGAGGGAAGAUACCCCGUUGGAUAUUUCAUCUCAAAAACCUCAAGGAACUUUACUUGUCUGGCUACAUUAUGUCUGAGACCUUGAGCCCAGUACAGAGUGAGGGCUUUCAGGACCUCAAGAAUCUGAAGACACUGUACUUGAAGAGUACUCUCUCCCGGAUCCCUCAGGUGAUCACUGAUAUGCUGCCUACACUACAGAAGUUCUCCCUUGAUAACGAGGGGAACAAACUUGUGGUGUUGAACAAUCUGAAAAAGAUGAUCCAUCUGAAAAGUCUGGAACUCAUUAACUGUGAUUUAGAGCGCAUUCCUCACUCCAUUUUCAGCCUGGUCAAUCUGCAUGAAUUAAAUGUCAAAGAAAACAAUCUCAAAACCAUUGAAGAGAUCAUCAGCUUCCAACAUCUCCAGAACCUCUCAUGCUUAAAGUUAUGGCACAACAAUAUCGCCUACAUUCCCGCCCAGAUUGGCACCCUUUCCAACCUGGAGCAGCUCUAUCUGGACCACAACAAGAUCGAGAAUCUGCCACUGCAGCUCUUUCUCUGCACCAAACUGACACAUCUGGAUCUUAGCUACAACAACCUGACGUUCAUUCCAGAGGAGAUUCAAUUUCUGACGAAUCUGCUAUAUUUUGCAGUGACAAACAACUAUAUUGAAACCCUGCCAAAUGGAUUAUUUCAGUGCAAAAAACUGCAGACUUUACUCUUGGGGAAGAAUAGCCUGAUGACUCUGUCCCCCCUCAUUGGGGAGUUGACAAACCUGGUGCAGUUGGAGCUCAUUGGAAACCACCUAGAAGUCCUCCCCCCGGAGCUGGAAGCAUGUUCCUCUCUGAAGCGGAGCUGUGUGCUUGUGGAAGAAAACUUGCUGAACACCCUGUCUCCCCCGACCACAGAACGGUUGCAGACAUGCUUGGAUAAAUGUUGAACUAAGGAAGGAGACACAUUGUGUCUCAAGAUAGUAAAGAUCCUGGGACUUGGAAUGAAAAGCAUUUUUAAUCUCUCUCUUUUUUUUAGUUGAAAAGAGGAAAAAUUGAUGGGGAGAAUUCAUGCAUCAGACAUAUACCCAUUGACCUGCCAUGGCAUGGUUAACUAACAGAAUGCCUCGGCUGUCCCUAAAUCCCAUGGGUAAAAAUAAUACUGAAAGAGUAUGUGCUUUCUAGGAGUGAUCAACCUUUAACGUAACUGAACUGCUCCAAGCAGGAUAUGUCUAUGGUGAUGUGGAGAAAGGCAGCCAUUAAAACCAUACUCAACUUUUCUUUGGAACAGGAAGAGUGGAGUGGGGCUCUUAAACUUCUCCUUUCCAAUUAAUUAUCUGAGAUCUGUCAUUUUAAAUGUCUCCCCCCCCCUCUAUCUCUCUCUCUUUCACUCUUCCCCCCCCCCAUCUCUCUCUCCCCAUCUCUCUCUCUCAACAUUUAUGACCAAGGUCAUCAAGAUAAGUUUCCUGAAAUAUCCUCACCACCGACUUUGAUUAAUGUUCUUAAAACAUAUUAGCCUGGAUGCAUUGUUGAAGAGAGGGUAGUCUUUUUCCUCUCAACAUUUACUUUUUUUAUUGAUUGGUUGAGUCUUCCUUGCUCUUCUGUUCACUGUGGGAAAAGUGAGGGAUACUAACAAAUCUCCUGCCUUAGGUCAUUGCACAAACUCCGGAACAGGGUAUUUGGAAGAGGUGAAAAUUUUGCAUGUUCCUUAAAAAUCUUCUCCCUUUCCAUUUUUCCCCCCAAAGUCCCAAUUUAAAAAAAUGUAUACCCCAAAGUUUUAUAUUCACAGAAUGUAUGAUGUACAAUUGUUUUAUAUUAUGUAUCUGGGGACUCCAAAUCCAAGGAGAAUCAUUUUUCUAAGGUACAGAGGAUCUAGGGAAAUGUUAUUUCUCUAAGCAACUUCUAGUUUAUGUAGUUAUGUUUUUGUUCUUUAUUAGGAUUCUCAGGUUGUUUGCUUUGUGUUCAGUUCACCAAUGUUCUGUUCAUCUGUAAUCAAUUGCUUUCUUUUGCUACUAUGGUUAGGAGCAUGACUAGUGUUUCAUUAGGGGAGAAGGGGGAUCUCUGAAGUAUUUAGUGAUCCCUGCAUUUGAGAAGAGAGAUCCUCAAAAUCUACCUCUUCCCCAGUUAUUGAACUAUUGUACGGGUACAAAUUCUUACUUACUUGCAAAAAAAAAAACUCGGGGAAGGGGAGAAGGGAGAGAUACAGAAUUGAGAUUUUUACUCUUCAUUUAAUUAAAUACUUGAUAGAAAAUUAGUAACUAUUAACUCAAAACAUUCAUUUUUUCUUCCAUUUGCAUGAUCUGUAGUUAAAAUGCCAUGAGAAAAAUUCUCUGUCUGAACCUGAUGUUUGCUCUCAUGGUCGGUUCUCAAAUUUGCAAAUGAUGUCGCUUUAACACUGAAAUUUAUCUUAUGGCUUUCUCUAGUUCUUCAAGAAUAUAUCGGCUUUCUUCCUAUAAAGAACUUUGUGUUUUACCUUUUAUUGUAUGCAACAUUGCAAAAAUAAAUAAUAAAAUCCAUAGGCACGCUUUCAGGAAGAAUACAUUUUAAUUUCUUUUUCUCUAAUGUAACAUGGCAUUAAAAUGCCUCACUGAGGACCUAAUCUGUGUGGUCUUCUCUUCAGACUGGAAAACAUUUGGGAAAUAGAGUGCUGUAAAUAUGGGGGGUUUAUUUUUUUAUUUUCUUAAUUUGUCUUUUUGUUGCAGAAUAGCAAAAUAAGUCAUUCAGUCAUAGGAAGAGAAAGCUUAUUUUAUUAUUUUUCUCAGGAUGGUGAUAGAGACAACAGAAGGGGUGGUGGGAAAAAAAAAGAUUGACUAAAAGAAAAGUGGUAAGAUUUUUUUCUGAAGAGGAGUGAACAGGAUGAAAUCUCCCUCCUUAUCCAAACAUGCCCACAGUCAGGGCAUCGAAGUUCUCAGGGAUCCCAGUCAAGGAUGGUCAGAUUUUGUUUUGAAACUUCAGAAAAGGCUCAUGGGUAGUAGACGUCCAAUACCCAAUAAGGGACAUAGAUUUGUACAGAGCACUUUCUCUCCAUAUGUCUCUGUGCCUGCCUACCCACACAAAUAUACAGAUCCAAAUACUGAUGAAGGCGUGUAGAUGGGGAGAGUUCUUUAGAGAUAGAUGCCUUCUUGUCAUAAAUAAUGAUAGGCAGUAUGGUUAGUGAAGAGGCAGAUCUGAGUUCAAAUUUUGUCUCAGACACUGCCCCCUAUGUGAUUGCGGGCAACAAUAUCAGUUUCCCAGCACCCCUAGGCAAUUUGUUACAGUCAGAUGGAUAAAAUCACAGGUUUAGACCAAAAAAUAAUCAUUAUCAUCAUAACCCAACUCAUAGAUUAUAGGUAAAUAUGGUGAUAUAGAAAUAUUUGCUAUCUAUAUAAAUAAUUUGGCAUGUAUCUAGUUAGAGCUUCAUAUAUAUAAAUUAUAUUCAAUAUUUAUGGAAUAUAGAACCAAAAUAGUCAAAAUCUAAUUUUUAAUCGAAAAAGAUUAACUUAGGUUUUGCCCCCCUGUUUUUAGUCAUAGUCAUUCUCUCUCUCUCAGUCCCAUUGGGGAGCUGUAGAAAUGCUGUUAGAACCUAUAAGAAGCCGAAAUGGGCAGCUAGAUGGCACAGUUGGAUAGUGCUAAGGCCAGUCUUAACUUCCUGAAUUCAGAUCCAGCCUCAGACCCUCAGGUCACCCCUGUGACCCUGGUCAAGUCACUUAAUACUGUUUGCCUCCGUUUCUUCUGGAAAAUGGAUUGGAGAAGCAAAUGACAACCACUCCAGUAUUUUUGCUAAGAAAACCCCUAAAGAGGUCAUGAAGAAUUGAACUUGACUGGAACAACUCAGCAAAAAAAUAGCCCUUAACACUUUUAUUUCACCCCCCCCCAAAAAAAUAGGAAGUGAUUUUUUUUAAUGAAAUAUGCAUUUUCUACCACUCUGGUAACUAGAUUAGAUUUGCUCGCAGUGAAUGAAAAGCUACCAGGCUAAAUGAAUGCCCUUAGACCUAGUUAGCUAAAUCCUCUUCAAGUAAUCCUGUAUCCAUGCACCCCACUCCAAAUAACUGUCAGGAAGGAACUUCUUAUUAGCAGGAGGAUCUGGCCAGUAAUACACACAAGAAAAUGUUGCGGUAACCUGGGUGGCAUGAUUCGACACUGUGUCACCAUCUGUGCCACCAGAGCAAGGUACCAUCCAUACUUAAAAUCCUUGUGUGUAGGUGACAUUAAUUUUUUUAAUAUGGUUAUAUUAAAUUUCAGCUACUAGUUGACAGGUUAGUGAAGGAAACUACUUUUAAGAUCACUUUAAAAGCAAACUUUUAUUCUACAACUGACUUGAUUUCAGAGAUUAAUUAUUGAAAGUAUAUUAAAAUAUAAUUUAAAACCCAUUGUCGCCAUUUAAUUUUUAAAAGUGCAUUUUCAGCCCAAAGUAUGGCUUUUUACAAAAAAACAUGACACUAGCAAUGGUCUUGCUCCAUUUAAAAGAAUCUUUCAAAAUGUAAUUUCAUUCUAAAAUAUUUCCCUUUUAACCAUGAUCUCUAGUGUCUCAAUGUUUCAUUUCCUCAAUAAUAACCCAUUAAAAGGAAGCUAAAUACCGAAACUGAUUUGAAUUGCACAUGUGAUUGUUGAACAUUCCUGGUAAGAAGUUGGUCAACUUUCUUAGACACUUUCCCAGAUGCCAUCUGUAGCUCUUGUAGACCACAUAUUUCUAUUCUCUGUUCCCAGACUUAGUAUCUAGAAAAGGGAAACCAACCCUAAUCUGCAUUGCCACUGGACAUUAAUGUGUAUUUAGGAAGUUAAAAAGGAUAAAUCGAGCUCCUCAGGGACUCGACUGAAGGGACAGCUGGCAGAUGAUUCAGGAGUGUGAGCCACAAGGAAUUUGUUGGCAUGGAAUCCCCUUUUGAUGGGAAAAAGUCUCUAUUUCCACAGUCCAACUACCGGCAUGAUUCAUAAUUUUGUGUAAUUAUAAUACUGAAUGUUCUGUGAUUGGUUCAGAAGUUAUUAAAAUAGCUGGAUGACAA